GUUAUGUUAGCAGCCACUGUAAAUCGAAUUGCAUAAAAUUACCAUUCUUCUUUCGCAAGAUAACUUGUGAAAUCAUUAAAUAAGGCAAUAUGCUAAGCAAAACGGGGUUCAUUGGCGCCAUGGUGCGAAGGUCCUUCGGCACCAGUCAAAUGUUGCGAGAAACGAUCAAAAACCACGAGCCUAACAAUCUGGAGCGCCGUAUGUUGGUCUGGACCGGCAAAUACAAGUCGCAGUCCGAGAUUCCCAAUUUCGUUAGUCAGGAUGUCAUGGAGCGCUGCCGCAACAAAAUGCGCAUCCGCCUGGCCAACAUAAUGAUCGCACUCACCGCCGUGGGAUGCGCCAUUAUGGUGUACAGUGGCAAGCAGGCCGCCAAGCAAGGAGAGUCCGUCACCAAGAUGAAUCUCGAGUGGCACAAGCAGUUCAAGGAGUCUCAGCAGAGCGAAGGAUCUGCCCCGGCCGCCAAAUAGAAAAUCACUCCGAAAUUCCUCACUCGCCCAGUAAUAUUACAAUUGGCCAGGCUUUCAUUUUCUGUUCCAAAGAAGAUUGGCUAAAAAUGGCCUUCAAAGAUUUUGCGAAUAAUCAGUUGGUCUAAAUUUCGAUUUUAGUUGGUCUGAAGAUUGAAAAUUUUCCUUUUUUUAAAUUUAGAUUUUUAUGUUUGAUUUGAAUGUGUGCGUUCAACUAAACAAAAAUCCAUUUUGUAUACUCAUAAUUAACCCAAUUGGCCAAUAAACUAUGGAAUGGAAAAUGUUUGCAGGGCCAAAUCUUUAGUGAAUUUUUCCGCUUAGAAAGCACUUUGCCAUUAGCAUGUGAACAAGCCGUAUCCUCCUUGAUAGAUAUUCAGUGAUAUUUGCAAUGUUGUAUUAUCAAAAAUAAAAAAUAUUUUAUGAAAAACA